CCCAGAUCAUCCAUGGACAACGAGUAGCAGCAGAUCACGCUGCCAUGCCGCGCUGCCUGCAUCUUGCUCUUCUGAACUCAGAGGCCGGACGGGUGAUUACGUAGCUUCGUUGACUUUCCAGUGGAUCACUUCGUAUCAUCAUGUAUCCUAGCUGGAUCUGGGCAUCUGGCUCGUUCCUGGGUCCUUCCCAGCAGACCCAGCUAGAUCUUGAUAACCAUCAUCUUCUGCAACGUUCAGUCAGUUGUACAACUUGAAUUGGCAGGUGAGUUGGAGGAGUACUUCCGAGCGCCGCCAUGGCAGAAGCAGCUAUUGUGGUUGCAGUGGUCGGGUGGUUCGUGGCGCCCAACAUCAAGGAGCUCAUGGAUUGGGCACGCUCCGACGUGGUGAAAAGGUACAAAUGGUCCAGGGGCUUCCAGAAGAAGCUUUUAGAUCUGGCUGUAGCUUUGGAGGAAAUCAAUGACGUCGUGGGUGCAGCCAGCGCGGGCUUCGUCAACGACCGAGCCAGGAUCGGCCGUCUGUGGAGAAUCAAGGAUGCCAUUCACGAUGCGGAGGAGCUCCUGGACAGGUUCCAGUACGAGAUUCUCGAGGCAAAUCUGAGGAAUCUUGAGAAUCGCGGGAAGCAAAAGAUUGGCAGCAGGGAGUCGCGGAAAGAGCUGGAGGAACUGCUAGGCCGGCUAGAUGAGCUUCGUGAGAGCUCGCGAGAUCUCCUCCAGGCUUCACAGAGCGGCGUACGUCCCAUCCCAAGGCUCAUCACGGGUCCGCUGCCAAUAAAGGAUAAGAUUUUCGGGUACGACAAGGAGUAUACAGAUCUGUUGUCCAGACUCAGUGGUGGUGAUGCUGGAGUUGUUGCCAUCAUCGGCCAUGCUGGGACGGGGAAGACGGCGCUUGCUCGGCGGGCUUUCCACGACCAAAAAAUCGUUAGAGCCAAGUUCGACCUCUGCAUAUGGGUAUGCGUCUACGGCAAGUUCACCGAAACUGAGCUCCUAAGGGAGAUCUGGAAGUCUGCUUUUCGCCUUGGUCCUGUUGGCGAAAUGAAUGUCACUUGCCUUCAGCUGGCGCUUACACUGAUGGUAAAAUCAGCCAGGAGGUACCUGCUUGUCCUAGACGACGUAUGCAACGACGAAUCGGCGGCGGCCAGUGAGCUCGGCAGAUGGAAGACAUGGGACACGGUGUUGGCCCCAUUCAAGCAGCAUGGAGGACGAGGGAGUAGGAUUCUAAUGACAAGCCGGGCUGAGAUUUGCGCGACAACACUGGGUGCAGGUGCACACAUCGUCCUGAAUGGGAUCGAUAACCAUUCAUCCAUGAUGCUGCUCAAGAAGACAGCAUUUGGGGAUGAACAUGCUCAAUUGCCUCGGGAGCUGCAGGAAGUGCUUGACUGCAAUGUUGGCAAGUUACAUGGCUCCCCGUUAGCAGCUGAAGAAGUCGGCUUCACGUUGAAAGAUAAAAUAUGCCCAGCAAACUUGGACGAAGGGAUUAAGUGCAACCGGAUAAAUAAAUGGAGGGAAAUCAUGAACAAAGACCUUCACAAGAAUGUUUAUAAGGCUCAUUUGUCGAGCUAUCAAGACCUAUCCCCGCAGCUACAGCGUUGCUUCGCGAUCUGCAGCAUAUUCCCAAAGAAAUGGAGGUUUGAACCUGAAAAGUUGAUCAUGAUGUGGAUAGCUCUCGGUUUUGUCCAAGGUCCUUCGGAAUUCGGCGAGAAGACCACGGAGGACGUGGCGAGAGGGUAUUUUGAUGCUCUGCGGCAACGUUCGUUGUUCCAAGAAGCAGCCACGGUUAAAGAUAAAUCAGGAGUUAGUUACUAUGUUAUCAACGAUCACAUUCAUUCGAUGCUUCGGCUAGUCUGUCCAAAAUAUUACCUGACAAUUGAUGGCAGUCAUGGUAAGUCGCCCAUCCCUCUCACAGUUCGCCACUUAUCUGUCACCACCAGCUGUCUGGAUCAGCUCAAGGGAUAUCCUGACGGGUUGAAAAAGCUGCGAACGUUGCUAGUCUUCAACGACGAUUAUGCCUCUUCGUCGUCAGCCUCGGCCUUGGUCAGCGUACUCAAGAAAUUCAAGGGUGUGAGAGUGUUGGAUUUUUCUGAUACGUUCAUAGAUGAAAUGCCGGAGGGCAUCGGUGAGCUGAAGCAUCUGAGGUACCUAGGUCUUCCUAACACCAUCAGCAACCUUGGUGCUCGUGUCCCCAAGUUAUUACUUCUGCAGACGUUGUAUCUGAAGUAUAUUGCAAAGAUGGGUGGCAUCGGAAGGUUGGAUAAGCUGCAAGGAUCAGUUGAAUUCCACGCAGGCAAGAGUGAAGAAGGGCACGGCAUGGGGGAGCUGGAGAAGCUCAACUCUCUCCGCAGGAUGCUCAGCAUAAAGGGCCUUGAAAUCGUCGGAGGCAAGCAGGAAGCUCAGAGUGCUCAGCUCGAUAAGAAGGAACAUUUGAAGGUUCUGAAGCUCCAAUGGGAGCAUCGGAGUCAGCAGCAAGCUAAAACGUCGGACUCGACCGUGAUCGAAGGCCUCCAACCUCAUCCCAAUCUGGAGAAGCUGCACAUCACAAGGUACCUUGGGACGACGUCGCCUACCUGGUUGGCGGACCCCAGCGUUCUGGGGAACCUGAGGUCCUUGUAUCUCAGGAACUGCAGGGAGCUGAAGGACCUGCCUCUCCUGGGCGGGCUCCCUCGUCUGGAGCUUCUGAACAUAAAGGAGCUAUCCUCUGUGGAGAGGAUUGACCAUAGGUUCUGCGGCAGCGGUGCGUUCGAGUCGCUGGAGAAGAUGGUGUUAGACGACAUGCCCAGGCUGGUAUCCUGGGACGCUGAGCCCUGCGGCGAUGGCAUCUACACACCAAUAUUGUUCCCUAGGCUCAAGGAGGUGAAGAUCAUCAACUGCCCCAGGUUAUCCUCGUUGUCGGGCCUCCUAUGCUGCCGUUAUUCCCUGAGUCACCUGCACGUGGAGAGAUGCCGCGACGUCACAACAACUUUUUGUAGAAGCAGCUUUCCAUCCCUCACAGAGCUGGACACGCUGGGAUGCCCCGGCCUGCACUUCGAGGAGUCACCAGAUCAGGGUGAUGUUCGCACCUGGGCUCUUCUUUUCAUCCUAGUUUUGCUUUGCAUUUAUUACAAGAUUAAGAAACAUCUAUUUGUCACUACCAUUCUGCAAAAUCUCUGAUUCUGCCACUGGCAAGGCAAGUCUACAACUGCACGUCAGUGUUAAACUGGAUGACGUGUGAGGGAUUAGGAAAUUUUGCGGUGCCAAGUAAACAAUUGUCCCACUUAUUUGUGUUGACUCUAGAGUGCUAGCUAUUACAGUAUGAAUCUGUUAAGCCCGGCCUUUUGCAGGUUUUCUGGGGCAGAGCUCCAUUACCUGAUACUGUAAUAAACUAGCAAAUAUACCCGCACAAUUGUGCGGGCCAGACCUAUUUUGUUUUUAC